AUGGAUAAGAUGAAGUUCUGUGGGGAUUUUGUGAAGACAGAAAAAAUGAAGAUCAAUCGCUUUUACGAGGUAUUAAAGGCGGAAUUUAGGGAGUUCGUCACUCCCUCGAAAUGUGAGACUCUUGAUGAGCUUAUCAAUCUGGCGAGAGAUAGGGAAAUUGAAAUUCAGAGGCAAGAAGAGCGUGGUGAAAAGAGACCAAGAGAAAAAGGUACAAGCUCGAGUCCAUCUAAAAAAGGGAAAUAUCAAGAGCAAGGAAGGAAAGAUAAGUCAAAGGGUGGUAUCACUCCUUGCAAGACUUGUGGAAAACUUCAUACAGGAGAAUGUCUGUUAGGCAAGAAAGGGUGUUACAAAUGCGGUAAGGAGGGACAUUCGUCUUAUCAAUCUCCAAGUAGCCCGAAGACUUGUUUCAAUUGUUUUGAAAAGGGGCACGUUAAAUCGGAAUGCCCAAAACUUCAGCAAGAGUCGAGAAAGGAAGACAAGAAGCAAGAAGGUUCUAGGGCUAAAGGAAGGAUGUUCCAAAUCACAUCCGAGGAGGCUAAGGUUCAUCCAAAUAUUGUUUCAGGUAUCUUUUUAUUAAAUUCUAUGCCGGUUCAUGUUUUGUUUGACACCGGAGCCACUAUGUCGUUUAUUUCAAAUGAAAUCAUACAACAUCCUUCAUUUUAA